UUGAUGGAAAACUACACUUAUAACAGUCCCACGCUCCAGCUGGAAGCUUUGAAUAUUUCAAAAUAUUAUUUCUACCCUGUCUUUUUCUUCUUGUUGUUCUCCUACCUGUUUAUAAUUAUUUCAAACGUGAGCAUUGUAGUUAUAAUUUUCAUUGACAAAAGCCUUCACCAGCCAAUGUAUUUCCUUUUCUGCACCCUGUCUUUAAAUGAUAUACUUGGGAAUUCUAUCCUUUUACCCCGUUUGCUUCUGGACAUGAGGAGACCUCCCUCAGAGCUCUUCAUCAGUUAUUACGAAUGUGUGGUCCAAGCUUUUACCACACACUUGUUUGGUACCACCAGUCACACUGCGCUCAUGAUUAUGGCCUUUGACAGAUAUGUGGCCCUCAGUAAUCCCCUGCAAUAUACUACAAUAAUGACUAAUCGAAUGGUGAUAAAGCUGAAAGUUUCUGCCUGGUUAGUGGCCUUGGUUUUGGUUGGGGGUUUACUCGGUCUAACCAUACGACUGAACCGAUGUAGGACUCAGAUCUUAAAACCUUACUGUGACAACGCCUCACUGUUUAAACUCUCCUGUGAGAGUGUGCUGAUUAAUAAUAUCUAUGGCCUCACUUUCACCAUAGUACUUUUGACAUCUUCCAUAGGCUGUAUGGUUGUCACUUAUACUAAGAUCACAGUAAUCUGUCUCACCAGUAACAGCAAGACUUUGAACGGUAAAGCAUUGAAGACCUGCAGCACUCACCUGGUUGCAUAUCUCAUAGUUUCUUUUAGUGGAUUGUCAACUAUAGCUCUACAUCGCUUCCCUCAAUACUCAGACUACAGAAAACUCAGCAGCAUUUUAUUUCAUAUUGUUCCUGGCAGCCUCAACCCCAUUAUUUAUGGACUUCAGUCCAGAGAGAUGCAAACUUUUAUGUUAAAGCUAUUUCGCGGAAAGAGAGUUUUGUCAUUAUAG